AUGACAACUGCGGCUACGGCCGUGGGACCUACUAUUACCGAAAACGGCAUGGCUGAAAUUGAAAAGCCGGCAAAGUUUGGUCAACAGUCCGGGGAUCAUCCGGAUGAAGAUAAAACAACCAGCGAUAAACCAGAGACACCGACUUUGGAAACUCUGAACGUUGAGCAUGUUGUUUACCGGAACGGAAACAAGAAUUAUCCAAACCCAAGUGAGAGCUUUGACAUUAUUGAGCUGCCUCACACAUCCAAGGAUGAAUUGAAUGGACAUUUAGCGGGUCCAAUAACCGAAAUAUUAGUGCCAUCAUUGGAUGCGAAUCGUUAUGCGACGAAAAAAACCAUCGCGCAAGGAAUGCUGGAUAUCGCUUUGCUGACAGCCAAUGCAUCUCAAUUAAAAUAUAUUUUACAGGUGGGGAAGCAGCAUGAAUUUUAUACAUUAAUGUUAACAUUAAUCUGUUUGUCAAUAGGACUCCAGAUUGCUCAAGGACUAAUAUGCCUCCUAUUAGGAUCUUCAUACAACAUAAACAAAGAGCAAGACCACAAAAAGGCAAACUUGUGGAACAACGUAGUACUGACGAUGAUGUUAUUAACAGUCACUUUGCAUUAGGUGACAGUGGAAUUGAAGCCGGAGAAGUGACACUGAAGGCCGCGACGAAAACAUUUAUAAUAGUGAUGAGAAAAACACCGACAACUACGUAAUUAUUUAUCAUCUGGGCUUCAGGAGAUUUUGAUUUUCCCUUAAUGUCAAACCGGCCUUUGAAGAUCAAGCUGAUGCCAACGGCGAUCUGCAGGACCAGGCUGAACACGAUCAGGAAGACUAUUACAAAAAAUGUCGGGCUUUCGCGCUGGUACUCGAUGAGAUAUCUUAGCUGAUUGGCAUUCGCAGUUAUCAACGCCACGUCCAUCAUACCCUGGGCCACGGUUUUUUUAGCUGCGAAUGUAUACUCUUGUCGUUGGGCUCGGCGGGUUCUCUUGUCAGUUGUGUCUAUUGUUACGAUGCUUUCUUCUGUUCCAGCGACCUGUAUUUCUUCUUUGUCUUUUUUCUUUUCAUUGUCGGCUAUUUCUAGAGUUAUUUCCUCCAU